UUUCACUUGGUUUUAUUUCUGAGGUGCUCUAGGGCCUGGGAACCUUUUAGCACAAAAUAAAAAAGCCUGUUAGGUUUUAACACCUAAACGUAGCGAGUGGACGAGUGGGCAAUGCCAGACUUUCUGGCGGGGGGGGUGGAGGUGGAGGUGGAAGAUUCUGCAAGGAAACGGCAAAGGAGGCCGAAGCCUCGGUAGGCGUCGUGUUGCUGCGCAUUCUCCGGACGAGAAAGGCCGGCUCUCGGCUCAACGGCUUCGAGGUGUUACUUGGUUGCCCGACGGGUCACGCCACUUUCUUACUGGAAAAGCGGUGGGAAACACCCGCCUGGCGGAGCUACGAGGGCGGGUCGCGGCAGCGCUGCCCGCUUUCGGUUUAGCGAUCCCGUCCAUCGUUCCUCUUCACGACGACGUUGCCCCGGAAAGGUGAGGAAAAGGCCUCUCCGGCUUAUGCCUGCAGGUUUCCUUAGGACGCUGAAGGGAAAAGCCGCGGCUUUCAUCGAAGCGAAGCCGGGAAGACCCUGUUCCCCCCCACCGCUAAUUAACAGUGGCACGUGAACGCCGUGCUUUCACACGCCGCUGACUUGGACGCGCGUCGACGCGGGAAGCGUGUCUGUGGGUUCGAACUGCUUCCAGGAGUUCUCAGACGGGAUGCUGGGAGCUGCAGUCGAAAAACGUACCAAACACCUUUCGUUAGCAUUACACGGGAUCUUCAAAAUCGUUCUCAGGCUUUCCAAGGGCUUCCUGAGUUGCAAGUUUGUUUCGAGACUCUCCCUCUUGAUGGGCUGUCAUUAGAAAUCAGUACUCUUGAGACUGGUAGAUCUUCUGAUGUAAAAGCCCAGAGUGAACUUUUGCACCAGCUUUAAGACAGCUUUCUUCCUGCUAGGACUGUCAAGGGCAGUCCCUUUUUUGACUGUUGUUUUGAGAAGCAUAAGGAAGUUAAAGAACACUGCAUGGAUGUCACACUGCACUUUAGGAGCCAUCAACAAAACAGGCACAGCAACAUUCGGCUACUGUGUAAUGCUCAGAAUCCAUAGUCUCUCAGGGUCCUCCGGUUGGUAUAAAGGGAUGAGAAAUCCAAUAAAUACGUUGAAAGAAACAUUAUACACUAUGGUAGAAACAAAAAGUUUAGGCGCCAGCAUUUUCUUCUGUCUUUGUAUCUUUACCUGGAAUAUCACUUGUACCUCUGUGGAAAAUGGAUUUAUGGCAAAUUACUCAAAGAGUAUCCGAUAUACAGUUCCGAAGAACCUACCGCUUCAAACAACCGUUUUGGAUUUGUCACAGAACCGUAUUUCUGAAAUUCAGAUGUCUGAUUUUGGUUCUCUUUCCAAACUGAAGGCACUAAUUCUGUCCUAUAACCUCAUCAGAAGGCUUGAUUUCAGUGUCUUUCAAUACAACAAACACUUAGAACAUCUAGAUCUAUCCCACAACAACCUGCAAAUUCUUUCUGGUCAUCCUUUAUCAAGUCUCAGGUAUCUUGAUCUUUCUUAUAAUGACGAUAUAAAUAUGACAGUGAGCUUUGAGUCCCACAUAAUACCAAAGCUGGAAUACUUUGGUAUAAGUGCUAGAAGAAUACAUAAAUCAGUUCUUUAUCUUCUUGAUCAUUUACCAGUGGAAACUCUAUUCUUCGGCUUAGAAGACCUUUCUGAAUAUCACUCUGGGGCUCUUCCAGUGUUUAAUAUGAAGAACCUCCAUAUUGCACUCCCACACAAUAGAGGAUUACCAGUUGUUGAGGACCUAGAACUCAGUGUUACAGAAAGUAUAGAACUUUCAAAUAUUAAAGGUGACCAAGUUAAUCACUUGUUAAUGUUUUUAUCAAAACUGAACAAAAAUGGAAGGUUACUAAAUUUAACAUUGAUUAAUAUACAGCUCUCUUGGAUAAAUAACUUGGAAAUUUUUCAUUUUGUGUGGAGAUCCACCAUUAAAUAUUUAAAUAUUUAUGGUCUGACUCUUACGAGUUUCAGUGAUGAAGUGUUCAGUAGUGUAGAUACCUCUCUAAAAGCAUUGACCAUUAAACAUACUGAAGUUGCAACAUUAUAUUUUAAUCAGAGUAUUGUUUACACAAGUUUUUCAGAAAUGCAAAUUGAAGCCUUGUCUAUUUCUGAUUCAGGUAUAUUAAUAAUGCUUUGUCCUUCAAAACCCAGUCGUUUUACCUACUUAUGUUUUUCAAAUAAUACAUUGACGGACAUGAUUUUCAAAGAUUGUAAUAACCUACCCUUUCUAGAAACACUCAUUUUACAAAAGAAUUAUCUUAAAGAUCUUAUGAAAGUGAGUUUAAUGACCCGUCUCAUGAAGUCUCUGAAAUAUUUGGAUGUAAGUCGUAAUUUUUUGCAAUAUGACGGUAAAAAUAAUUGUGGCUGGGUUGAAAAUAUGGUUAAACUGAAUUUGUCAUCUAACAUGUUAUCUGAAUCAGUCUUUAGAUGCUUACCAAUCAAGAUUAAAAUUUUGGAUUUACAAUACAACCACAUUUCAAGUAUUCCUAAAGAAAUGAUAGAGCUGAACAAUUUAGAAGAAUUACAUUUGGCUUCUAAUAAGCUAACUUCUCUACCUGGAUGUGGCCACUUUAGCAAUCUCAGAUUAUUGAGUAUAGAAAAUAAUUCUGUUAUUUUUCAGUCUUCUGAAUUCUUUCAAACAUGUCAGAAUAUCCAGACUUUAAAGGGAGGGCACAAUCCAUUCAAAUGCUCCUGUGAAUUAAGACAAUUCAUUAAUCUUGAAAAGCAAGGAUCAAUGGAGUUGGUUGAUUGGCCUGAGUCAUACAAGUGUGAAUACCCAGAACUUUCAAGGGGAGUCCCUUUAUCAGAAUUUCAUAUCUCUGAACUUGUUUGCAAUAAGCCCCUGUUGGUUGCUGUAAUUCUAAUUAUUGCUGUGGUCUUACUGAUUGCUGUUUCGGUCAUCUGCAUCCGUUUUGACAUUCCAUGGUAUUUGAAGAUGAUGUGGCAUUGGAGUCAAGUAAAACACAGGAUUUGGAAGAGCAAACCUGAAGACAUGUUCAGUAAUGUACAGUUCCAUGCGUUUAUCUCCUAUAGUGAACACGAUUCUGACUGGGUGAAAAAUGUCCUGAUUCCAAAUUUGGAGAAGGAAGAUGGGUCCAUACGCAUCUGCCAACACAAGAGAAACUUUGUUGCAGGAAAGAGCAUUGUUGAGAAUAUCAUAGACUGCAUAGAGAAGAGUUACAAGACCAUUUUCGUGUUGUCUCCCAACUUUGUGCAGAGUGAAUGGUGUCAUUAUGAGCUCUAUUUUGCCCAUCACAAGGUGUUCAGUGAAGAUCACGACAGUUUAAUCCUUGUUUUGUUAGAAUCGAUCCCUGCAUACAUUGUUCCUGCCAGAUACCACAAACUGAAGGCUCUCAUGGCCAAGAGGACCUACUUGGAGUGGCCAAAGGAGAGAAGUAAACAUGGGCUUUUCUGGGCUAACCUCAGGGCAGCCAUUCAAAUUAAGAUUUCAAAUGAAAGUGAAGAAAUGAAGAUAUUGUAGAGAAAAUGCUGGUUUAUAUUUAAAUAAUU